UACCAAAUUAUAAUUAAACCUUUCCUUUGCAUUUUACUGUCAACUCCCUUAAACCCUAAACCCUUUCCCUCCCAUUUCUCUCACUCAAUUAGUCAAUGUCCUCGAUAGCAAGCAGAGGCUACAGAGCCAAUUCUCUUCGCAGUUCUCUCCCUUAUUUCCUCACAUGGCGUGCUCUCGGCUUCCGCAACAUCUGCAGCGGCCGUCUCGGCUUCGCGCCCUCUGAUCCAGACCUACCCGUCGCCGGGACCAAGGUCCUUGAGACCUUCAAAGAAGAAUUUGAGGUUGGAUCGCGCCUUAUUACCCUUGAGACUGGAAAAAUCGCUCGAUUUGCUAAUGGCGCCGUUGUAUUGGGCAUUGAUGAAACCAAAGUGCUAUCCACUGUUACUGCCGCUAAAGGCGAUUCUGUUCGAGAUUUUUUACCCCUCACUGUUGAUUACCAAGAGAAGCAAUUUGCUCAAGGUGUAAUUCCUCAUACAUUCAUGCGAAGAGAGGGUGCUCCAAAAGAAAGGGAACUCUUAUGUGGUCGUAUCAUUGACCGACCUAUACGACCACUCUUUCCAGCUGGAUUUUACCAUGAAGUACAGGUAAUGGCCAGCGUUCUUUCUUCAGAUGGGAAACAAGAUCCGGAUGUAAUGGCGGCUAAUGCUACAUCUGCUGCUCUUAUGUUAUCAGAUAUUCCUUGGGGUGGACCAAUUGGAAUGAUACGCAUUGGAAGGAUCGGUGGCCAAUUUGUCAUUAAUCCAACCAUGGAUGAGCUUAGCUUAAGUGAUCUAAACUUAGUAUAUGCAUGUACAAAAGACAAAACGUUAAUGAUAGAUGUGCAAGCUCGGGAGAUAUCAGAGAAAGAUCUAGAAGCAGGGUUAAGAUUGGCACAUCCAGAGGCGGUUAAAUAUCUUGAACCUCAAAUCAGACUUGCUGCCAAAGCUGGGAAGAAGAAGAAAGAUUAUAAACUGUCUAUGGUGUCUGAAAGAACAUUAGAAAAAGUUAGAAACUUAGCGGAAGGGCAAAUUGAAGCCGUUUUUACUGAUUCGUCAUAUGGCAAGUUUGAACGAGGAGAGGCCUUAGAUAACAUUACACAAGAUGUAAGAAGAACGCUUGAAGAAGAAUGUGAUGAAGAAAGCUUAAAAGUCCUUCCAAAGGCAAUAGACACAGUAAGGAAACAGGUUGUUCGGAAUAGAAUCAUUUUGGAAGGGUUUAGAGUUGAUGGGAGACGUCUUGAUGAAGUCAGGCCUUUGUAUUGUGAAGCUGGUAAUUUACCUAUAUUACAUGGAUCUUCACUGUUUUCUCGUGGGGACACUCAGGUUCUCUGUACUGUGACACUUGGAGCACCUGAAGAUGCUCAGCGGUUGGAAUCUUUAGUUGGACCUCCAACAAAGCGUUUCAUGCUUCACUAUAGUUUUCCGCCGUUUUCAAUAAAUGAAGUUGGUAAACGAGUUGGCUUGAACAGGCGUGAAGUCGGGCAUGGAACACUUGCGGAGAAGGCUCUGCUUGCUGUUUUGCCUCCUGAAGAUGACUUUCCAUAUACAGUUCGUGUCAAUUCAGAAGUCAUGGCAUCUGAUGGUUCAACAUCAAUGGCAACUGUUUGUGGAGGUAGUAUGGCCUUGAUGGAUGCUGGCAUUCCGUUACAAGAGCAUGUUGCUGGUGUUUCUGUGGGUCUUAUUAGUGAAGUUGAUUCCUCCACUGGAGAAAUUAAGGACUACCGUAUACUGACUGAUAUUUUGGGGCUGGAAGAUCAUUUGGGAGACAUGGACUUCAAAAUUGCUGGAACACGUAAUGGUGUUACUGCAAUUCAGUUGGAUAUAAAACCUGCAGGAAUUCCUUUAGAUAUAAUUUGUGAGUGUUUAGAGCCCGCACUUAAAGGCCGUCUUCAAAUCCUUGAUCGCAUGGAACGAGAGAUUAGUGCACCACGUACUCAUGAUGACAAUAAUCGCCCUCGACUAGCUACCCUUAAGUUCAGCAAUGAUGAUCUUCGUCGGCUAGUUGGCCCUCAUCAUGUUCAGAAGAGAAAACUUGAAGUGGAAACAGGUGCGCGAUUGUCUGUAAGUGAUGGCACACUUACUAUAGUUGCUAAGAAUCAAUCCGUAAUGAAAAAAGCACAGGAGAAGAUUGAUUUAAUAAUUGGCCGGGAAAUUGAAAUCGGUGGGGUUUAUGAGGGCAUUGUAACUUCAAUAAAAGAAUAUGGUGCAUUUGUUGAGUUCAAUGGCGGCCAGCAAGCUUUGCUACACAUUUCUGAGUUGUCACAUGAACCGGUGUCUAAGGUUUCAGAUGUAGUAUCUGUUGGUCAGCAGCUUUCUUUGACCUGCAUUGGUCAGGAUGUCCGCGGCAACAUUAAAGUAUCCCUUAAAGCAGCUUUACCAAAGCCGAGAUCCAUGGCAAAUAAUUUAGCUGAAGAAUCUGUUCCCGUCAUGAAAGAAACACCUAAGGUCUGGGCCUCAGUUGAGGGUUUGCCUAAUGAUGGGCAAAAUGAACAGAAACCUGUGGCUGACUUGUUGGUGAAUAAAAGUGUUGUAAAUUCUUCAACUUCAUCAUCACCAGUAAUUUUAAUUCGAAGUGUUGCAGAAUGUGAUGAGGAGGAAAAAUCCGCUGGUCUGAGUCAGGUUUCCAAGGUUACAUUCAAAAAAUCCCAGGCUUCGAAAAGGGAUCAGAAGCCAAAGACAAACCCACCUAAGGAAGCCAAAGUGGAGGCUCCUAUGAGUGCAAACAAUUUGAAACUCGGGACAAAGGUCACGGCCAAGGUUUUCCAAAUUCGAAAACAUGGCUUGGUCCUUGAGUUGGGUGGUGGAGUUCGUGGAAUGUAUCGGUUUGAGACAAAUAGCAAGACGAAUUUUGAGGUGGGUGAUGAACUCCAAGUCAAGUGCACGAGCUUUUCCAGCAAGGGGAUUCCAGUAAUGUGUUUAGUGGAUGAUGAGUAGCUUAUAUUAAUCGACAAAUGCUUAAUGGGAACGGCCACAAAAAUGAUAACCGACAGAAACUGAAGUUGAAACACUCCUGUUUGGUAUUUCAUACCAAAAUAUUGCUAAUACUUAUGCGAAACAUGGCCUGAACUAGUGUGGUUUAUGUUAACUAACCUAAUCACUGCAAUGGGUUUGACUUGAGCAUGCCUUCUUGAGUACGGAUUCUGGUUCUACACUUGGAGCACUCUGACCUAGUUCUAGUUAUGAAACUGAUGUUUAUGAUUUCAUUGCACUUCUGACCUAAAAAAUUUUGGUUAGCUAGGCAUUUUUUCCAUGUCUUCCCUUUUGGGAUUAUAUUAUUAUGUAACUGUCAUUGCACUACAGGGAAAAUAAUGUUCAUAUGUGGAAACAAUCUUUUCUAUAUUUUGUACAGAUGAAGAGCCAGGGGGACAGCCAAUUUUUUUUUGUCAAAUGGCAAUAUGUAGCCUACGACUGACUGUAGUCUUCUGAAAUGAGAGAUAAUUUAAGCAGGAAAAUUAUAGACA